ACGAGUUGCAGCGUAUCAAAUCCAGCACUAUGAGAGAGCGCCAGAAGAAGAACCAAGAGAUCCAGCAGACGAGUCAGAAGGGGACGUCUCAGUAGUCCGAACAAUAUCAGACCGGCUGUCCGAUGCUAAGUUGCAGAACGUCGAUGUUGGGGUGAACAAAUAUCAGCGGGAGAGGACCGACAACUUUGGCAGCUUUAAUUCUCAGGGGAACAAGGACCGAAGAGCCCCAAGCAGGGGUCAAUUCUACGCAGAUGGACCCGGAUCAAUCGGGCGUGAGUCAAGCUUCUACAACUCCGAUGGCUCCAGGCGCGUGUCUGUGGAUGACAACAGAAAAACAGAAAGUCGGCAAGGGUCUGCAACCUCCCAAGAAUCAGAUACAGAUAUGGGAUUUCAUCGAGAACACGGCAACAUCAACGUGGGUGGCCCUCCAGUGCAGACCAGAUCUCACACGAAAUACGUGAACGUACAGCCGUACUACAAUGAUAGUAACGAUAUGUACUUGGCACGACAACAGGCUCUAAGGCGAGAAAACACAGGAAGUGACUGGCACUCAUCAGGAACCAUGUAUCAGCUGGCAAAGAAGAAAAAGAAGAAGAAAAUUGUUCAGAUUUUAAUGGAGAGAGACAAUGAAAAUCUUGGUAGCGCCACUCCAUCUCGGUUUAUGAACCCCUCACGAGCCUCAAGACUCGAUUUUGACGGGGAUGAUGAGGUCAUUGAUGGACAGAUAUCAGCGCGGGAGCCGUUACAGAAUCGGGAAAUGCAUCUGGGAAAGGAGACUGACAAUCGUGAGAAGACGCAAUUUGCCAAGCAGACCAUGGCCUUGAGGAAGAUGGCACAGACACCUGUGGAUAAGACUGCACGUCUGCAGCCAUUGACCAAGUACAACAACAGCCGCACGGGCAGUCAAACCGGACAUUAUUUCUCGCCGGAAUCCAUAUGGCCAUACGACCGGCAUGGGAAACCUGCAGAAAACGACAGCCGGCAUCAGGGGUCUGUGUCUGGCACAGACGUUCGCGCUGGCUGGAUAUCUCGACCUCAGUCGGUGCUAGAUGACGCGGAUGUUUUUACGCACACGCCCCGUGACUCAGAAUUGAAACCGAUAAAGAGCGGACGGAGUAAGACAAAUCUUCAUGAUAUUAGAGGUGGCCGCGACGGCAACACAUGAACAGAACGACCGAGUUGUUAAAGACUCGUUGACGUUGCUGUGGAGUUGAUGAUUGCUAGUUAAUAUCAUAAUUAUAAUUUGUAAAUCAUGAAGCAUAUUCUGUGAUCAGUCAUAUUAAGCUUUAUUUAUUUAAUAUUUUAAUAUUAUUGUAUUUGUUAAUAUUAUUAUAACACAUGUUUAGUUAUUAUGAUUAUAAAUAUCAAUAUUAUACUGCAUUCACUUGUACUUAAUACAUUUUAUUUUUUAAGAUUUCAUGUAUCACAUUAAAAUGUGUGUUUGUAAAAUAAAGGCUAUAAGUACUACGUAUUUGUUGCCUUAAUAAAAAAAUAACUCCAUAUUCAUCUUGUGUUCAAAUUGCGAUGGGUAUUACCUUGUGUACCUUAAUGCAAUUGUGUAAUGUGGAUUUGCAAAUACUGGUGUUUUCUGCAUUAAUAUACCAUAUUGUGUGAACACAUGUAUACCAGUAACUUUUCCAUUAUGUUUCUUGCAAAUGAGGCAUUAUCUAUCGAUUACAUCAUUAUGUGAAAAUUAUGAAAAACUAGUUUCAUAUUUAACAUGGCUUUAUGGUAAGUUUGAUAAGAUAUAGCUGCCAGAAUUAUGUGUUGCAAAAACGCCACAACAUUAUGUGGUCACAGAAUGCGUUUUAUGACCAUUUUCAUUAUUAAUUAAUACCUACUUCACUACAUAAAUUUUUAAAAGGCAUUGUAUACUUUUUGCCUAUUUGCUUAACCAAGCAGGCAACCUUUUUUAUGUGACAUGGUUUUUAUUGGUGAUGAAUGGUCAUACAACAUGAUGAUUGACCACAAUGUGUAACUCUGGACAUUGUAAUGUGAUCGUUUGAUACUGUAUUAGUGCAAGUGUCAAAACCUGUAGCUAGAAACCUAGUCUUUUCCGCCAAAGAUGCAUGUUUUAUUGUACUUGUAAAAACCAAAUUGGUUUUCAACUUACUUAAAUGCUUCCGUUAUUCAUUUAAGCAUUUUAUCAUAUAUUCUUUGUUGGUAAAUGAUGUGCUUUGUUUGUUUUAUUGUUUGUUUUAAAUUAUAUACAUACUAAAAUUGUACCUUUUCAUUCAGGUGUUAGGGGUCAGUGAUUUAUAACAUGAUGUCACCAAGGGUUAUCAGAUGUUUCCUUUAUGUGAACAUUAACAUGAAAAUGGCAACAGAUUGUGAUUUUUCAACCCGAAAUUAGCUUUGCUCUUGCCUUUUGCUGUAUAUGAAGAUAUUUAUAUUUUUCUCUCAUGUUGUAGCAUUAGAAAAGUAGCUACAUUUGUAUAACACUGUGAUAGUGUUAAAAAUACUCAGCUUAAAUAAAAUAGAACCUUGCAU